AUUAUGCAGAUUUGCAAAUUGGGUUACUUUUGAUUUUUGGAAUCAGCUUGAAGUUUAUUGAUGAACAUAACCGAAACACGAAUGCUUUGUUGGUUUUAGCGCGUCAACAUGUUUAAUUAAGAAAUAUGUUGUUUGGAACUAUCAUUAUCAUAAGCAUUGCAAUUGAUUUUGUUAAUAAUCUGAACUUGGGCACAAAAUCUAGUGGAUUUUAUAACCCAUUUGUCAACAAGUUGCACUAGUCAAUUUCAGUUUUGAUCUUGUUGAUUUAUAAGCUGCAAUGCUGCUGCUUGUUCUCUUCUCUUUGGGAGAUCACUGACACCCAUGCAUGGAUGAUUCAGGGUGCAUCUAUUGUAGGACUAGCAUAGUCUUGUUGCAGGAACAUGGCAAAGCAUCAUCCUGAUCUGAUUAUGUGCCGGAAGCAACCAGGAAUAGCUAUUGGAAGGUUGUGUGAAAAGUGUGAUGGUAAGUGUGUAAUCUGCGACUCUUAUGUGCGUCCAUGCACACUUGUUCGGGUCUGUGAUGAGUGCAACUAUGGAUCCUUCCAGGGAAGGUGUGUUAUCUGCGGAGGGGUUGGAAUUUCUGAUGCUUAUUACUGCAAAGAGUGUACUCAGCAGGAGAAAGAUAGAGAUGGGUGUCCGAAAAUUGUGAAUCUGGGAAGUGCCAAAACAGAUCUUUUCUACGAACGGAAAAAGUAUGGUUUCAAGAAAAGAUGAUCAUUAGCAGGGCAAGUUUUGCUUAGCUUCGUGAAAACACUCUGUUUUGUUCGACAUUGAGGCUAGCCUAUAUUUGCUAUAAGGCGCUUUUGCUUAGGAAAUGUGCUUCUUACUGCUUGUAUUUCUUCAUGUUUGACCGCUGCGAUGGGUUGUCUUGGUUGUAUGUUGGAUAUGUUUCCAUGAUCAAACCUUCACGCUAUCUGUAUCAAGUCUAGUUAAGGAAUUUUUGACUGGUGUAAU